AUGAGUAGCAUCGGUACCGGUUACGAUCUCUCCGUCACUACUUUCUCUCCCGACGGCCGUGUUUUCCAGAUCGAGUACGCCGCCAAGGCCGUCGACAACAGCGGGACUGUUGUUGGAAUCAAGUGCAAAGAUGGGAUUGUUAUGGGUGUGGAGAAGCUCAUAGCUUCCAAGAUGAUGUUGCCCGGUUCCAAUAGAAGGAUCCAUUCGGUUCAUAGGCAUACUGGAAUGGCUGUGGCUGGCUUAGCUGCUGAUGGUAGACAAAUUGUUGCACGAGGAAAGUCCGAGGCAACCAAUUAUGACAAUACCUAUGGCGAACCCAUCCCUGUCAAAGAGCUUGCUGAACGUGUUGCUAGCUACGUGCACUUAUGUACCCUCUAUUGGUGGCUUAGACCCUUUGGCUGUGGUGUCAUUCUUGGUGGUUAUGACAGAGAUGGUCCACAGUUGUACAUGAUUGAACCCUCGGGAAUCUCUUAUAGAUAUUUUGGUGCUGCAAUUGGAAAGGGCAAGCAGGCUGCGAAAACAGAAAUCGAGAAGCUGAAGCUUUCAGAAAUGACAUGCCGCGAAGGAGUUCUUGAAGUAGCCAAAAUCAUUUACAAAGUUCAUGAUGAAGCGAAGGAUAAGGCCUUCGAACUCGAACUGAGCUGGGUUUGUGAUGAGUCAAACAGAUUGCACCAGAAGGUUCCCGUUGAACUACUAGAGGAGGCGAAGUCUGCUGCAAGGACGGCACUCGAAGAAAUGGAUGCUGAUUAG